GCGCGCUGCCUGCAGCCACCCGCGCCUGCUCCCUCCCUUGUCAGGCGCUGGUCCUGAAACAGCCCCGGGAAGUGAUCGCUCUGCGGAGCGAUCCGGACCCUAGCAGAUGUGCGCAGCCCCGCGUGGCCGCAGCAUGGGCGCGCGCGGUCCAGCCCUGUGCUUCUUCCUGCUGCUGCUCUGUCCUGCGCAGGUGUUUUUACAGUCCUGCGUUUGGUAUGGAGAGUGUGGAAUUGCAUCUGGAGAUAAGAGAUACAAUUGCAGAUAUUCCGGGCCACCAAAACCACUGCCAAAAGAUGGGUAUGACUUAGUGCAGGAACUCUGUCCUGGAUUCUUCUUCGACAAUGUCAGUCUCUGUUGUGAUGUUCAGCAGCUUCAGACUCUGAAAGACAACCUGCAGCUGCCUCUGCAGUUUCUGUCCAGAUGCCCAUCCUGUUUUUAUAACCUAAUGAACCUGUUUUGUGAGCUGACAUGUAGCCCUCAUCAGAGUCAGUUUCUGAAUGUUACAGAAACUGAAGACUACGUUGAUCCUAUGACAAACCAGACAAAAACGAAUGUCAAAGAAUUACAAUACUAUGUUGGACAGAGUUUUGCCAAUGCAAUGUACAAUGCCUGCCGGGAUGUGGAGGCCCCCUCAAGUAAUGACAAGGCCCUGGGACUCCUGUGCGGGAGGGAUGCUGAUGCCUGCAAUGCCACCAACUGGAUCGAGUACAUGUUCGAUAAGAACAAUGGACAGGCGCCAUUUACCAUCACUCCCAUUUUUUCAGAUCUUCCAGUCCAGGGGAUGGAGCCCAUGAACAAUGCCACCAAAGGCUGCAAUGAGUCUGUAGAUGAGGUCACUGGGCCAUGCAGCUGCCAGGACUGCUCCAUCGUUUGUGGCCCCAAGCCCCAGCCCCCAGCACCUCCUAUUCCCUGGAGGAUCUUUGGUUUGGAUGCCAUGUAUGUCAUCAUGUGGAUCACCUACAUGGCAUUUUUGUUUGUGUUUUUUGGAGCAUUUUUUGCAUUGUGGUGCUACAGAAAGCGUUAUUUUGUGUCCGAAUAUACUCCCAUUGACAGCAAUAUAGCCUUUUCUGUUAAUGCCAGUGACAAAGGAACGGCCUGGCUCUUAACCUCCAACCUCCUUUCCUCUCCCGCUCUUCCAGGGGAGGCGUCCUGCUGUGACAGGCUUGGUGCGGCCUUCGAGGGCUGUUUGAGGCGCUUCUUCACCCAGUGGGGAUCUUUCUGUGUCCGAAACCCUGGCUGUGUCAUUUUCUUCUCAGUGGUCUUCAUUGCCGCAUGUUCCUCAGGCCUGGCAUUUGUCCGGGUCACCACCAAUCCAGUUGACCUCUGGUCAUCUGCCAGCAGCCAGGCCCGCCAGGAUAAAGAGUACUUUGACACACACUUUGGGCCUUUCUUCCGGACGGAGCAACUCAUCAUCCGGGCCCCCAAUACCAGCAAACACAUUUACCAGCCUUACCCCGCAGGAGCCGACGUGCCCUUUGGACCCCCACUUGACAAAGAGAUUUUGCACCAGGUUCUUGACUUACAAACAGCCCUUGAAAGUAUUACCGCAAAUUAUAACAACGAGACUGUGACACUUCAAGACAUCUGCGUGGCCCCUCUCUCACCUUAUAACAAGAACUGCACCAUUUUGAGUGUGUUAAAUUACUUCCAGAACAGCCAUUCUGCGCUGGACCAUCAAGUAGGGGAUGACUUCUUUGUGUAUGCCGAUUAUCAUACGCAUUUUCUGUACUGCACAAGGGCUCCUGCCUCUCUGAAUGAUACAAGUCUGCUGCAUGAUCCUUGCCUCGGUACAUUCGGUGGACCCGUGUUCCCGUGGCUUGUGCUGGGAGGCUACGAUGAUCAAAACUACAAUAAUGCCACUGCUCUCGUGAUUACCUUCCCUGUCAAUAAUUACUACAAUGAUACAGAGAAGCUCCAGAGGGCCCAGGCCUGGGAAAAAGAGUUUAUUAAUUUUGUGAAAAACUACAAGAAUCCAAAUCUGACCAUUUCUUUCACUACUGAACGAAGUAUUGAAGAUGAACUAAAUCGUGAAAGUAAUGGGGAUAUCUUCACUGUUGUCAUUAGCUACGCCAUCAUGUUUCUGUAUAUUUCCCUAGCCUUGGGGCACAUCAAAAGCUGUCGCAGGCUUCUGGUGGAUUCUAAAAUCUCCCUAGGCAUCACAGGGAUCGUGAUCGUGUUGAGCUCGGUGGCCUGCUCAUUGGGUAUCUUCAGCUACAUGGGGACCCCAUUGACCCUCAUAGUGAUUGAAGUCAUCCCGUUCCUGGUGCUGGCUGUGGGGGUGGACAACAUCUUCAUCCUGGUGCAGACCUACCAGAGAGAUGAACGUCUUCAAGGGGAAACCCUGGAUCAACAACUGGGCAGGGUCCUAGGAGAAGUGGCUCCUAGUAUGUUCCUGUCAUCCUUUUGCGAGACUUCAGCGUUUUUCUUUGGAGCCCUGUCGAUGAUGCCCGCCGUCCACACUUUCUCUCUGUUUGCGGGAUUGGCCGUCUUCAUUGACUUCCUACUUCAGAUUACCUGUUUCGUGAGUCUCUUGGGAUUAGACAUUCAACGUCAAGAGAAAAAUCGGCUGGACAUCCUCUGCUGUGUGAAAGGUGCUGAAGAUGGAAGCAGCGUCCAGGCAUCAGAAAGCUGCCUGUUUCGCUUCUUCAAAAACUCCUACUCUCCACUUCUGCUGAAGGACUGGAUGCGACCCAUCGUGAUUGCUGUCUUUGUGGGUGUCCUGUCAUUUAGUAUCGCCGUCCUGAACAAAGUAGAAAUUGGAUUGGAUCAGUCUCUUUCAAUGCCAGAUGACUCUUACGUCAUAGAUUACUUCAAAUCCCUUGGUCAGUACCUGCACUCGGGUCCACCUGUGUACUUUGUCCUGGAGGAAGGGCACAACUAUGCAUCCCUUCAGGGGCAGAACAUGGUGUGCGGCGGCAUGGGCUGUGACAACGAUUCCUUGGUGCAGCAGAUAUUUAACGCAGCUCAGUUGGACAACUACACCCGGAUAGGCUUUGCUCCCUCGUCCUGGAUUGACGAUUAUUUUGAUUGGGUUAAGCCACAGUCUACUUGCUGUAGAGUCUACAAUAUCACUGACCAGUUCUGCAACGCUUCAGUGGUUGACCCUUCCUGCGUCCGCUGCAGGCCUCUGACUCCGGAGGGCAAACAGAGACCUCAGGGUGGAGACUUCAUGAAAUUCCUGCCCAUGUUUCUCUCUGAUAACCCUAACCCCAAGUGUGGCAAAGGGGGACAUGCAGCUUACAGCUCAGCGGUUAACAUCCUUGGCAAUAAUACUGGCAUUGGAGCCACAUACUUCAUGACCUACCACACCGUGCUGCAGACCUCCGCUGACUUUAUUGAUGCUAUGAAAAAAGCCCGACUUGUGGCCAGUAACAUCACUGAAACCAUGAGCACGAAGGGCAGUAAUUACCGGGUGUUCCCAUACAGUGUGUUCUACGUCUUCUACGAACAGUACCUGACCAUCAUUGAUGACACCAUCUUUAACCUUGGUGUGUCCCUGGGGUCCAUCUUUCUGGUGACCGUGAUUGUUCUGGGCUGUGAACUGUGGUCUGCAGUCAUCAUGUGUGUCACCAUCGCCAUGAUCCUGGUCAACAUGUUUGGCGUGAUGUGGCUGUGGGGCAUCAGUCUGAACGCAGUGUCCUUAGUCAACCUGGUGAUGAGCUGUGGCAUUUCCGUGGAGUUCUGCAGCCACGUAACAAGAGCAUUCACAGUGAGUGCAAAAGGAAGCCGCGUGGACCGUGCUGAAGAGGCGCUCGCUCUCAUGGGCAGUUCUGUAUUCAGCGGAAUCACACUUACAAAAUUCGGAGGAAUUGUGGUGUUGGCCUUUGCCAAAUCCCAGAUUUUCCAGAUAUUUUACUUCAGGAUGUAUUUAGCUAUGGUCUUACUGGGAGCCACUCAUGGACUAAUAUUUCUCCCUGUCUUACUUAGUUAUAUAGGCCCAUCAUUAAAUAAAGCCAAAAGUCGCACCACCCAAGAUCGGUACAAAGGCACAGAGCGAGAACGACUCCUAAAUUUCUAGCCUUCUUCAAGGGUUUGUGACUUUGAACUGUGUCAAGGGGUCGGUCUGUUUACCACUGGACAGUAACUGCAUCAUCAAGACUGAGCUGAACACCCGAUGUUCCAGGCCUGGGGCUGUUGGACAGAGCUUCAGAUGUCCUGCUUUUAAACUCAGGAAUGUGCAUGUGACUUGGUGACUUGUGAAGCAGUAUUAUGAAAUCUGAAGGGACCUUUGGGAUACUAAAGCCUCCCCCACCCCCCACCUAGUCCUUCAGGAAAGAAACCUCAUGUUUGACAAGAAUGACAUGUAGGGUAAUUGUGAAUGUGAUCUGCUCAUGAACACUGUUUAAAGGCCAAUCUACACACUGGCUCCUUUUUUGGGGGAGUAAGCCAUCAUACACAUUCUAUACCAUAUUUUUUAGUAACAUUUGAGGAUAUUGUAGAUAUACUUUAUUAUGAAAUUUUGUAGUUUAAGAGCUUUAUUAAUGCAAUAAAUUAACUUUGUACACAUUUUUAUAUAUAUAUAUAUAUAAAAAAGCCUAGAAUGUUGUAGGCCUCAUUAGAGCUUGGUCUCCAAAAACCUGUUUGAAAAAAGCAACAUGUUCUUCACAGUGUUCUCCUAUGAAGGAAAAUAGAGAUUUAAUCACUAUUAGGUGUGACAGGAAAGGAAAACAAGAAAAUGUAGCUCACAGAUUGUAUACUGGGUUUUAACUUAUUUUUCUUUAAUAAAAUACCUGUUUUCCUAAC